UGUUCGGCGUAAAGGGAACUGUAUCUUGGUUACAGCGGAGUUUUUCAACGGAGCUAUAAUGUCGAUAACAUCUCGGGCUCAUAUUUGUUUUCAAUCCAAGUAUAAGGAAUGGACAACAUCACCUACCUCGCUGAGCUGCGCCUUUUGUUUGUCAAUAAGCACGUGAACGCCAUCGGAUUUAGUACAUCCAUUGGAGCCCCGCAGGACUCAGGGUGUCAUACACACUUCCCCAUUGCAUAUUCAAUCGUCUUGUUUCAAUGUUGAUUGCGUCUAUAUCUUAGCAGCUCGGCAAAAUGGUCAUCGAGAAGGAAGACACUUUCCAGACUGGAGGUGUCAGCCUCUACACCAAGUCAUGGCUGCCCGACGGCCCAACGAAGGCCAAAUUGAUCUUCAUCCACGGUUUCAGCGACCACGUCGGCCGCUACUAUAACUUCUUCCCAUCCCUCGCGGCCCGCGGCAUCGCCGUCCACGGGCUCGACCAGCGCGGCUGGGGCCGCUCCGUGCGCAAGCCAGCCGACAGGGGGCUCACGGGCCCCACCACCCAGGUGCUCGCCGACAUGGCCGCCUUCAUCACCCACCACCUGUCAACAAGAACAACAGCGACGACGACGACGCCGACGACCUCCCCCGCGACGGCGGACCCGCCCGUGUUUGUCAUGGGCCACUCCAUGGGCGGCGGCCAGGUGUUGACGCUAGCCUGCCACCCGGACUACCAGGAGAAGCUCGUGCGCCACGUCCGCGGCUGGCUGCUCGAGGCCCCCUUCAUCGGCUUCUCGCCCGAGGAGCAGCCCAACCCGGUGAAGGUGCUGGCGGGCCGCCUGGCCGGCAAGCUGCUGCCGCACCGCCAGCUGAAGCACGAGGUGCAGCCGGAGCAUCUGAGCCGCGAUCCGGCGGUCGUCCGGAGCAUCCGCGAGGACCCGCUCAUGCACAACACGGGCACGCUGGAGGGGCUGGCUGGCUUGCUGGACCGGACGGCGGCGCUGGCGACGGGCCAGGUCCGGCCGUUGCCGGGAGGGGCGCUGCGCAGUUUGUGGGUCGGACACGGCACGGCUGACAAGACGACUUGGUUUGAUGCUACCAAGAAGUACUUUGAUGAGUGCACGGCCGAGGUCAAGGACCGGACCUUCAAGGCGUAUGAGGGGUGGUAUCACCAGUUGCAUGCCGAUGGGCCGGACAGCGAGGAGUUCUACAGGGAUGUUGGGGAUUGGAUUCUGGCGCGGUGUGAGAAUGCGCCGGAGGCGAAGCUCUGAAGUGACAUUGUAAGGGAUUGGGGGGGGGGCUUGGAUUUAAAUCUAGAUAUAUUAUCUGUUCAUUGCGGAUGUUUUCGUAUCUAUUGUAUUUACGUCUUGGAGAGAAAAGUCUUCAUUGGAAACCAUCCGACCGUAUGGCAUACCUACCUACUUGAAAAGGAUGUUCGAAUAUAUGCCAUUACCCUACCUAGGUAUAAUAUGGCUGGGGAAAGGAUGAACGGCGCAUGCUUGUAUCUACUGUCAGUAUUGCGCCCAGACCAACGAGAUCUGAACAGACUGACUGUAGGGGCUACCACAGAUCACAAGUUGUUGCCGCUUGAGAUUCCUUCUGUCAGUUGUG